UGAAAAACGUAUUUAAAAAAACCCUUUUAUCACUACCAAGAAAACUAAACAAAUGUCUAUAAUUAACUUCACUUUUAUUGUGUACUGUUUACAGUCGAAAAUUGAAGUCUAGUAAUCUAUCUAUUGUACACGGGCUACUAAAUAUAGAUUACACAUACAUACAAGGUGUUGGACAUAGGUGCAGGUAUAUUAUGUAUAUUUUAUGAAUGACUUAUCUUUUCCUUAUUGUCAAUAGUCGUACGAAUGAUGUGGUUGGAUAAGGUUCCCUUCGUAUUGUUUUUGUUAUUUGCUUUCGAUCUAUUCACUAAAAUACAGUGUUGUAUUGUAUGUGUCACUUUGAGUGCAGUGAUUCCUAUAAAAUGUUGAUAGUUAUGGCGUUUUUAUUGUGAAUGUGAAGUGCAGUGUUAGCUUGAAGAUAAUUAUGAUGAAAGGACCAAGGAAAUUUAGAUCCAUAGAGGAUCUGCGAUGGUUCCUGGCGGACGUGUGUAGCGGCAAGGACAAGAUGAGCGCGGCGCCGGGCGGCCUGAAGCAUGUCGCCACCGAGCCCGCGCAGAUCGGCGGCAAGCGCGAGCGUCGGCGCGUGCCGUCGGGGCGGGCGGCGGCGCUACGGCGCGCGCCCUCGGACUCGGACUGCAGCGGCGAGACCGCCUCGCUGUCCGCCGACAGCGCCGAGAGAGCGCCCAGAGCGCCGCCGACACUCAAAAAGUCUAGGAGUAAACAAUCUCGGCGGCGCGGCAGCGAGUGGGAGGUGCUGGAAGGGCUGAAGGACGGCCAGCGGUUCGAAAAGCGGCCCGAGGUCUUCAACGGGUAUCUGCACAAGAAACGCAAAUGGCCGCUGAAGGGGUGGCAUAAGCGUUUCUUCGUGAUCGACGGGGGCAUCCUGGUCUACGCCAGAUCACCAACAGACGUGGCCCGCGGGCGGCUCCAUGGCUCGGUGGAUGUAGGCCUCUCAGUGAUAUCGGGAAAGCAACGGCGCCGGCGCAUCGACAUAGACGCGGACGAGUUCAUAUACCACCUGCGCGCCAAGACGCCCGACGUGUUCAGAACCUGGCUACUAGUACUGAAGGCGCAUAGGCUAUACCGUCAACACUUGCUCACAUUCGGCGCGCGGGAAUCUGCACCUAAAGUCCACGUGCCCUUGGACGACAUUCCAGCAACGGACAACUCCCUUCUGGUUAGCCCGACGGCGGCCAUCAGGGGUCCUCAGGCCGGCUUCGUGAGCGGCACUCCGGGCGGCCGCCUCGCCUCAUGGAUCAUCGAGUCGGGCGGCCCACUAGAAAACGCUUCCAAAGAGCUGGGUCAAGCCCAACUGUCGGUGCAGCAGCUGCAGAGAUUAUUGGACGCUUUGGAAUUGCAGCAGCAAGUACACCAUGAUACUGAUGUAUUUAUAUCUGUGACGCAUGCGCAGAACGGUUCCGCGAGCCAGGUGUCACUAGAGGGCGCUUCUCCCAAUGUAAAGAAAGACCGGCGCAAGUUCGGCCUCCGCAAGAAGAAGUCCAGCAGCAAGUGCGCCUCCAUCGAUCUGCAGCCGCAGCACUACAUCGACCCCUCCAACUCACACAUGGCAUUGUCAGCGCUGACAGCGCCCCCCUCGCCCGGCGGCGGUGCGUCUUCGGUACCAAACUCCGCUGCUUCGUUACCUAUCGUAUUUCUUUCAACAUUUCUGGCCUCUACCUUAGUUCCAUGUGCAGCCGCCCGCCCCCAAUCCCUGCCGGGGGCGGAGGCGCUGGGCGGCGGCGGGCCCGCCUCGCUGUCCAGCCUCACUCCUGACCACCAGCUGAGGGAGGACUUUACUGUGUUGGCUAAAGAUCUGGUGCACAGUCUGAAGGGGAUCGUUGGGACUUUGGUGAGUGGGGGUUGUGACUUUAUGAAAGUGUGCGAGCGCGGCCGUCUGCGCGCAGCCAUGGACGCGGCGGACCCGGGCGCGCCCGGCGGCGCCGCGGCGGCUCUGCGCAGCAGCCUGGCGUCCGCGCUGCUACAGAACGAGGUGUUGGUUUCAGAGCUGCGCACGCGCCUGGCGCGCAUCCACGACGCGUCCGACGUGGCCGAGAUGUCUCGUGCUGACCCGGUGGCGCUGCUGCAGCAGUCGCUCAGCUACAGCUCGUCGUGCGUGUCCGCCUCCGAGUUCUUCGACGCUGAGGAACAUGAUGAGGAGCUGAAGACCGCCGAGGCAGCGCCGGAGGUCGAUGAGGCGGGAGUGAUCGAGCUGGACGGAGACUCCUCAUCAGAAGUGGGGUCGCUCAGCAGCGAGGAGGGGUCCGCCAGCUCCGACAACUCUGACGGUGCGCUGCUGACAGCCGAACCAGUGACGGUGCGUCUCAACAACGGCCCCGCGCCGUGGACCCGGCGCACCUGCCUGCCCCGCCCCCGAGCAGCGCCCGGGGGACCCUCGCUGUGGAACCUGCUGUAUAAGAACAUCGGCAAAGACCUGAGCCAGAUCUCCAUGCCCGUCACCAUCAACGAGCCGCUCAAUAUGCUGCAGAGGCUAUGCGAAGAGCUAGAAUACUCGGAACUUCUAGACGCAGCCAGCGAGUGUUCAUCAAGCGUUGAACGCAUGGCUUUAGUGGCGGCCUUCGCCGUCAGUUCGUACGCGGCCGCGGCACAUCGGGCUGCGAGCAAGCCUUUCAACCCACUGCUGGGGGAGACGUAUGAGUGCAAGAGGGAUGACAGGAACUUCCGGUUUUUGGCUGAACAGGUAUCCCACCACCCCCCAAUAUCCGCGUGCUACGCGGAGUCCCCGCGCUGGUGUCUGUGGCAGGACGCGCGCAUCAAGACCAAGUUCUGGGGCAAGUCCAUGGAGUUCCAGCCGGCGGGGCAGGUGCAUCUGCGCCUGUUGGGCACCGGAGACCAUUAUAGCUGGAAUAAGGUGACAACAUGCGUCCACAACUUGUUCGGCGGGCAGCGCUGGGUGGACCAGUACGGGGACAUGCACAUAACGUGUCACAACAGCGAUAUCACGUGCAAACUCAACUUUGUUAAGGCAUCAUCCUGGUCCACCACCCGCCACGAGGUGAAGGGCCACGUCAGCGAGCCCAGCACGGGGACGCGGCUGCGGCUGCAGGGGCGCUGGUCCGAGGCGCUCCAUGCUGGGGAGCCGCCCGCCAACCGCUGUCUGUGGCGCCCCGGCGCCAUGCCCCCGGAGCACGAGCUGUACUACGGGUUCACGCGGUUUGCGAUGGAGCUGAACGAGCUCGAGCCGGGCAUGCGGGAGACCCUGCCUCCCACUGAUACUAGACUCAGACCGGACCAGCGCGCACUAGAAGAAGGCGACGUGGAGUCGGCGGAGAGACUCAAGCACCAGCUGGAGCAGACGCAGCGCGAGCGUCGUCGUGACCACCCCGCUCAUACGCCCGCCUGGUUCCGAAAAUCCAUAGAGAACGGCGAGGAGAUGUGGGUGUACAACGGCGAGUACUGGAAGGCGAGGGAGGAGGGCUUCUCGCAGCACAAGCUCAGCCAGCUGUGGUGACCCGCGCCCGAAUGCAAGCCAUAUAGCGAAGUUCUCUGCUAGCUGCUUCCACGACUCCGUAGCCGCAUUAUCCACGUCUCUCACUAGAACUUUAUAUUACCUACAGUACUGUACCUUCUGUAUAGAGUAAUAUCUUGGAUCACUAUAGUGAAGCCAUUUUAAUAGG